AUGGGUGUUUUUCUGAUUGUCAAUGAAAAUGAUACAAUUUCCAUGAUCGUAAGAAAUUCGAUUUGGAGAAAUGAUACCUUAUCAGCUAUAACAGCUGGAAUGGUUAAUGUAGACUAUUUGUUCUUGAUGACAGAUAUAAAUAGUGGUGGAUAUUACGGGUUACAUACAGCUGGUACUAUAUUAAUUGAUGAAGGUGCUAUAAAAGCUAUAACGAAUGCUGGACAAAAGAGUAGUUUGUUUGCUGCCGGAAUUGUGAAAUUUGAAGGAAAUUUCUCGGAAAAGAAGUUGGGUUAUGCCGGUUCCGAAUAUGUUAUUAUUCAUAAAGACAAUUUAGUCGUUAUUUUGAAAGAUCCUGAAGAUUAG